GUUAUAAAACGAAAUAUUACUAAAUCUCACUAAAUUUCUCCUCAUUUUGUAUUGGCGCCCCUGACAAGAUUUAUUUACGUUCGUUUUUCAAGUUUGGUUACGCUGGAUAUGAAACUGACAAGUGACAUCUUGACAUUUGAUAGUUAUGACUGACAUUUAUAGAAAGUAGGUUCUUCGGGACGCGACCAAAAAAAUGUAUUUUCUAUCGAAUUUUUGUCGCGUAUGCGUAACUAGCGACGAAAAAUUAACGCACAUCGAUAAUCGCGAUUAUGAUGCGAUAAGUUAUAGUGUUAAAUUAAAAAGUUGUACGAGGAUGGUGUUGGAAAUGGAUAGUUGGUCGGCUUUUAUAUGCGAAAAAUGUAUCGUAAAGUUACGAAUAUCGUACGAUUUUAAUUUGAUGUGUUGCAAAUCGACUUCGGUACUAAAGAAUUAUCUAAGCGAGAUUUUGGGUAACUCGGAAAAUGAAGCGUCGAAAAUCUUCGAAAAUUCCCAAGUUAAAGUAUCCAUGCCGAAAUUAUCCCCCCAACAACUACCUAAAAUGCAAAGAAAAUACGUAUCGAAAGGAAUAAGGUGUUCGUUGCUAAAAGAACUUUUAACGAAAAUCGAAGAUGAUAAGAAGAAAGAGAAAAAAGUUAAAUCCCAAUUAGUUAGUUUUAAUAUAAACGGUUUAAAACCUUUAAUAAAUUUUACAAAGUUUUAUAAUUACGGUUACAAACUUGAAAAUAAUCAAAUUGAAAGUAUUAAAUACGAUCCAACUCCUUUAGAUAAAUUAACUGAUUUUGUGAAUAAUUAUUUUCGUAUUAAUUUUUCUCAUUUUCACGAUAAUGUUAACGCCGUUUUGGACGAAUCCGAACGGUGGUUAGAUGAAAACGACUUCGAGGAGAUGUUAAAACCUUGCCCCGAAUCGCAAGUUAAAUUCGAAGAAGUCAUAAUUGAACCAGAUAUAAAUAUAAAAAAAGAAAUUUACGACGAUGAAUACGAUAACGAUUACGAAUAUAAUUAUCCGACGACGUCAGAUCAUAUAAAAAUCGAAAAUAUUAAAACAGAAGGAGAUAUUCAUACUUUAUCACAUCCUUAUUUAGGGCAUACAGAUUGUGAUCAAUCAAAUCCAGGUAGUAGCAGUAAUAAUCAAUGUUAUUCGCCUUUAGAUCAACAAAAUCAAUCAUCAUUAGAAUUAUUAAAAGAAUUUACGGUUAAAUUUAAAAAACACCGCGGAUUUUCGCCCCAAAAUUAUAGGUGUAGAACGAGAAAUCAUCCGUUUAUUAGUCCACAAUUAAAAAAUCAAUUUUUACAUCAAGAUUUUAGUUGUAAUGUUUGUAAAAGAAGGUUUAAAAGUCACGGUUAUUUACACGCACAUCGCAGCAAAAUGAAACAUUGGCAAUAAUAUUUUUAUUAUGUUAAGAUAUUAAAUUUUAAGUUUUAGGUACAAAUAUUGCUCUAAAAUCGAAUUCAUUGGUGUUGGUAUGUGAUUGAACAGUUUUUAACGCGUUUUAACUUUUCAUUUUGAUCAAACUUUUAUUAUUCCUUGUUAAAAUGUUGAAAAAAUCUCAAUUUUUUGUUUUAUUAAAAAAGAAAAACUGCAAUUCACAAGUGAUACUGCCCCCCUUUUAUGACUGUGUGUUUUAUUGUUGUUUAUAAGAUUAUUUUAUGUAUUAGACUAAUAUAUUAGGUAACUAAUUAAAUUAUCUGGUUAUCUGAUACCUCAUUGGUUACUGUUUGAAAUAUUACGUCUUAUAUAAUAUUAUUACAUUUAUUAUUGUGAAUAUUUAAUGAUUUAUUAAGUUAGGAGAUAAGACUAUUGUACACUUAAAGCAUUUUCUUCUCGAAAAAAACAUCAAACCAAUUUUAUUUUGUUAAUAAUACACAAUUGAAAUAUAGUUUUUUUAUAUUAA